AUUGGUGUGAUUGAGGAUCCGGAGUUGGAGGGAGUAAAAUUGUUUACGAUAUGACAUAUGACUGUAAAUUGCACAAUUCCAGCAAUCUAAAGUGAAGGCAGAGAGUGUAAUGAAACAAAAAUUAAUCACCAGAAUUUCCUUACGGAGGUAACAGCGAGUAAAAGUAAUGCAAAAUAACGAAUUAGAGAAAAAUCAAAGCGAUAAGCGUGCAAAAAAGUGGAAUUUACAAGUGAAAAAUUGGAUACGAGUCCACGAAUAUUUAAAGAAUUAAUAGAAAGUCUAUUUGAAAAAAAGUAAAAUACAUAGAAUAAAACCAAGUGAGAAAAAGCGAAACCAAACAAAACAUACCUACUACAGAAACAAAGUCAAAUAAAACAUGGGCAAGUUACUGAGUUUAUUGGCACGCGAUGAUUCAAACUGCUGCGCAGCGAAAUCGUACGACGUGUUCUUAGAUUUUGAGAAUGCCGCCCCAACUGAGACCGAGCGUGAAGUCUACGAGGAAGUGGAGCGAGUUCUCAAGGAAUCAGAGAUUGUAUUAGAAGAAAUUCAAGUAUAUAAGGGUGCUGGCAAGGAGAUUCGGGAGGCCAUUGCUGAUCCUUCACCGAAAUGUCAGGAAAAAGCGUGGGAUGCAGUUUUGCCUUUGGUAAAGAAGCUGAAGAGGUGCUAUGAGCACUCACUGGAACUAGAAAAGAUCGUCCCGAAAUUGUUGGGCCAACUAGUUGGAGGCAAACUGAAUCCUACACAGCAUCUGGAGACUCAACAAGCACUAGUCAAACAACUAGCAGAAAUUUUGGAGUUUGUCUUAAAGUUCGACGAAUACAAGAUGAAGACACCGGCGAUACAGAAUGAUUUCAGCUACUACCGUCGCAUUGUCAGUCGGCAACGUAUCGACCAGACCAACAACAUGUUGGUGAGCACGGAACUGGCUAAUCGUAUGUCCCUAUUCUACGCACACGCUACUCCGAUGCUUAAGGUGCUCAGCGAGGCGACAUCCAAAUUCGUCAACGACAAUGCCGAUGAUGUGGAGAAUACGACCGAAACUCUUGGCACGAUGGCCAAAGUGUGCUUGCGAAUGCUUGAGAAUCCUAAAUUGCUGCAACAAAUUGAACGAGAGGAAACACAUCUGCUGGUGCUACGAGUAAUGGUUGGCCUUGUGAUAUUAUAUGAUCACGUACAUCCAGUGGGCGCCUUCGCACGUGGCUCGCACGUAGACGUUAAAGGUUGUGUCCGCUUGCUUCAGGCGCAACCGGCCAUCAAAGCGGAGCCUUUAUUAAAUGCGCUGCGUUACACGACAAAGCACCUCAAUGAGGAUAACACACCGAAAAAUAUUCGCAAUUUAUUAGCAGCAUAAUAACUAAGGCAGUGGCGCCUGACAGCUCAGGAGCAAAUUGUCAUCAACACUGCUAAAUCUCUUCUCAACUACAGACACUACCGCCAUGCUGCAUGCAAUACGUUUAACACUAGUAAACAAACAAGAUAAACAAUAACUUUG